AUGGCGCCCCUAAGCACUGAUCCCCGCCUAAUUCUGGUGACGCUCAACGUCGCCCGGCGCAAGGCGCUGUAUGGGCUCAUUGCCGAGAUCGUGGCCUACAUGCGUACCCAGCUAGAAAUAUCACAAUCUCCAGACGACUCUCCUCCGCCUCUCCCGUCGCGAAACCCCAGCGAGAGUUCUGGAACAGGUGAUGCACCGCUCUUCUCGCCCCGCAGCGAGGGCCCUGGUACGCCCCAGAGCCCGACGGGGCAGCAACAGCAGCAGCAGCCCUUGGGCCCAAGUCCUCCCCCUUUGGCACUGAUCAAACUGCGCAAGGCGGCACUGAAGCACUUUGACUCAUGGAGAGAUGAGGUGCUUGGAAAACUCAAGGAAAUCGUCUCCGCACCGGACGAUCAAAAGGUCCUGGAUGCGCGCAGGAAACGAAAUGAGAUCAUCGCAAAGAAGAAGGCUGAACAGCCGAGCGAGGGUGAAGAUUUGCUGAGCUUUGGCGACACCCCUGGAUCAAGCAACCAAAGUGCGCAGAAGCAACUAGAGUCCAUCCAGAGUCUGUACCAUCCUAUACCUACCAGACUUACGACCAUACCCCUCGAGGACCGCCAAGAGGUCUUGAGCAGCGUGUUGCUGCUAUUGCUAAGCACUGGCAACUAUUCCGCUUACUCAAGAACCUUGAUUUGCUAUUUGUCCUCGGCCUUGGAGGUAUCGCCCAAGUUCCUCGACCAUGAGGAAGUUGAGAUUGCCACCACCAUGGUUGAGUCGGCGCAAAAGGCCGAUGAGCAGAAGAAGAGCGGUAUGUCUGCUGAUGCCGAGGCUCAAAAGCGCGCCGAGUCUGGGAAGGCCGGUCGUUUUUGGAAGGUUGGUCUGGCAUCAGUGGCUGGUGCCGCGAUCAUUGGUGUCACUGGCGGACUCGCGGCGCCACUCGUUGCAGGUGCCGUAGGAGGUCUGAUGGGAAGCGUCGGACUGGGUGGUCUAGCAAGCUUCUUAGGUAUCUUCUGGAUGAACGGGGCUCUGGUCGGUACACUCUUCGGAGCAUUUGGGGCCAAGAUGACAGGCGAGAUGAUCGAUCAGUAUGCCAAGGAGGUUGAAGAUUUUCGCUUCCUACCUCUGAAAGAAGAAUGGGGCCCACACUCUAAGAAGAAUGGACCAGAAGCAAGAAGAUUGCGGGUCACUAUUGGAGUGAACGGCUGGCUGCAAGAAGAGGGAGAUGUCACCAAGUACUGGCGUCCCCUUGGGGAUGAGUCUGAGGUCUUCGCGCUGAGAUACGAAAUGCAGAGCCUACUCGCCCUUGGGGUCUCGCUUGAAGAGCUCGUGGCUUCGUAUGCUUGGAGCGCCAUCAAAUCAGAGAUCUUGAAGCGCACAGUUUUGGCAACCCUAUGGGGAGCUAUGUGGCCGAUCCACCUCGUCAUGAUGGCUUCGAAAAUCGAUAAUCCCUUCAGUCUCGCACGAAACAGGUCAGAGAAGGCAGGAAAGAUCCUUGCCGAUGCUUUGAUCAAUAGGGUCCAAGGCGAACGUCCCGUGACCCUCAUCGGUUAUUCUCUCGGUGCCCGCGUGAUCUACUAUUGUCUGAGAGAGUUGGCUGAGCGAAAGGCAUUCGGACUUGUGGAUACUGUUGUUCUCAUCGGAUCACCCGUCCCCUCAAACCCCGGACAUUGGCAGAUGAUGAGAACGGUUGUCACCGGAAAACUCUUCAACGUGUACAGUGAGAACGACUAUAUCCUCGCCUUUCUCUACAGAGCCACAAGCGCUCAAUUGGGCAUUGCCGGUCUCCAACCCAUCAUUGAUGAGGUCGAUGGCGUUGAGAAUCUCAACCUCAGUGAGGAGGUAGAAGGUCAUCUUAGAUACCCUGGACUCAUCGCCCAAAUUCUGGCUCGCUGUGGGUUCAACAAUGUCAAGGGUGGUGACAACAAAAUCGAGAAGGAGGAAGCCCACAUCAAGCUGCGCAACGACGAUUAUGCCGAGACGGGCAACCUGAUCGACUUCGACGACAGCGGUAAGAAGAAGUUGGGGCCUUCGAAGCACAAUGCUCAAGACAUGGCAAACGAGAAAUUCGACCCUAGGGUAAAGAACGUCCAAGAACAAAAGAGCGACCCAGUCGUGAAGGAUGCGAAGCUGAUGGGAGACAAGGUUGCGGAAGCGCAUAAGGCGAACUCAGCCGCGAAGACGCCAUCGCCGCUCCCUGAGGCAAAUGACCCUCUGACCAGCUGGAACACCAACGUAGGCUCCAGCUCGACGCCCUCGACGCAGGCAUGGAGUACACUGGGUCAUAAGGACAACCGGCCACCACCACCAAGCUACACGGCUACGGACGAUCAUGAUAAUCAUACAGACGAUGAGGAGGAGAGUUGGGGCGGCAUCCAAAUGCAUGACAACGAUGAUGACCUGGUCACUGUUGAGCCUUUAAGCAUCGAUGAUCAUCAUUAA